AUGUCGCAGACGCCCGCGCAUAGCAACAUUUUGCGCUCGAAGCUGCAGUCGGGCGUGCCUGGGUGCGGCGUGGUGCUGAGCAUCGCCAGCCCGGUGACGGCUCAGCUGGCGGCGCGGCUCGGGUUCGACUGGGCGCUGAUAGACAUCGACGGGUUUCCGCCGCACAACGCCAGCGUGGUGGCCGAGAUGGUGGCGGCAGUGACGGCGACGCAGCGGUGCUCGGCAAUCCUGCGUCUCCCGGUCGGGGCAUCGGAGGAGGUGGUGCGACUGGCAGUGGAUGUGGGAGCACAUGGAGUCAUCGUGACCGGCGUGCACAGCGGCGAGCAGCUGUGGGGAGUCGUGAGAGUGGCCAAGGCAGGGCGGUCGUCGCCACCCAUGUCGAGGCCUGACGAGGGCGAUGUUCUGGUGAUCCCGCAGAUCGAGAGCACCGAGGCGGUGGACAGGAUCCACGAGAUCCUGGCGGUGCCGGGCGUGGACGCGGCGUUUGUGCGGCCGCAGAAUCUGCCCAGCGGGCAUGCAUCGCCCAUGCCGGUGGAGCCGAUCCAGAGAGUCCCCGGCAGCAUUCCGGUGGGCGGGGCGUUGGGCCGGAUUGUCCGUGCAGCCGGGCAGCUCAACGUGCCGCUCGGCAUUGACUGCGCCGACGGCGAUACCGCGAGGAUGCGGAUCCAGCAAGGGUUCGGCAUGGUCGUUGUUGCCAAUGAUGCAGAUCUUCUCAGUGCUGGAGCCACCGAGCAGCUGCGCAGGGCGCAGAGUAGCUGA